GUCCCAAGAUCACGUCUAAUAUUUGAUGGAAAACAAGCAAAGGCCCAUCUUAUUGGAAUCACAACAAACACGAUAAGUCUCUAUCGCUCUCUGGGUGAGAUAUCGCGAACCAUCACAUUCUUUGCCGACCUAGAUGCUUCACUCGUCGGAAUGCAGUCGCCCAAGCCAGCACAUGGCUUAAUCUCUCGAGCGCCGUCCGCUGACAGGACUGAGCGCGCUGCCUCCGAUAUCGACGACGAAGAUUCUGUGCUAGGCUAUCCGGACCUUGAUUACGGCUCGCCUUUCAGAAAUGCGGAACGGAUUGGUGCGCCACCUUGUCCCAAGGGUAUCAAGGAAGUCAUAUUUGUUCUUGACGAAGAAGAAAUUCGCAAAGACCCAUCCUUGCGCAUGAAAAUAUGCGACGAUUACCCAGAAUUUUUCAAUCACGGAAAAGCAACGCUUCAGGACACAGCUUAUCGGGACGACUACGAUCACAGAAGCGUCCAGACGGAGCUGCAUCCAUACAACGAUUCUGUCACCCAAACUUCACUCGAGCGUCCUAAUGAAACCUCUCCAGGGGACACAUCGGAGUCGGUAACAACCGUGGAGUUUGCCUGUCAAACAGAAACUUCCAUGGCAGUCGGAUCUCUUCGAGAUCCCGGCGAUAUUGAAAGUCUAUCUUUACGAAGCCCUAAUUUACAUGAUCCAUUGACAACUAGCCCAACUAGCCCUGCGUUGUCCGAGGAAGUGGAGUCGAAUGCUUUAUUAGAUCCACUCCAAAUUACAACAGCGGAGCAAAGCUGCUGUACGAAGAUAGUGCGCCUUCCCAUGAAGUUUCCACUCACUGUCCACCAAAUGGCACAAUGCCUGGUCGUUUCUUCGUCAGAUAGUAGUAGCCAUGGCGGCAACAACGAUGCAGAUUCAGCCCUGCAUCAGCACUUUUCCAAUGCCUUCCAGCAAGUUUCUUUCGAUGAAAUUGUAGAGAAGUCAGGUCUAAAGAUGGCCGAUAAGGACACUGUUGCAUCAAUGUUCAAUCAGUGGCGAUCGAGUGCCACUAUCCGACAGUUUGGACCAAAAUUUUCAACGCUGCAACAAUACUACGAGAAUCUGGUUGACAUCUGUAUCGUCGGUCACAGCAUCAAUGACAUAAAUAUACAGGACGCAAUUCUUCGCAGAUGGCAGAACACGAUGUACCGAAAGAUGGGUAAAUUUCCAAGUGUUCAUUCUGCAGUUAAGGCGAUUCAAUAUCUGCCUAAAGACUCGAGGCUGUGUCGAUGGAUCAUAAUGACCUUUGCAUAUCUUUGGGAGACGGGAGUACACGAUUUCAGAGAAUUCACAUCGGAGUUGGCUCUUUUAGAUCCUGAUGCGGUGAUCAACUUCCUGUGGCACAUCUGUCGGGUAAGAUGUAGCUACACUGACGGCUCUGACGCAAAGGUCCUAAGCUCCUGGUGCGAAUUCGAACAUGAUGAAUUGCAUUGGGACUUCCAUUCCCAUGGCACUAAAGAGGAGGGCAAGAAUUGCAGAACCGAGAGGGACAAGCUCAGUAAACUAUCUCUGAAAGAGGCUCUCAGAAACAAGAAGUCGGAAGACAAAAAGAAAGCAGCCGAGAUUAUAGACGCAAACGGGGGUACCGUAGUAUGGAGAAGGCAAUCUUCCGACUCGCUAAUGGUGAAAAAGAGGACGAACGAGUUGUCUGAUUCCUCAUCGGACUCAGUUACCCCUUCCAAGAGAGCAAGGCAUGGAGCUAGAGGCAGGCCCGGCUCCCGUUCUAGCGCUAGAAACACGCUUUAGACUCAGGAAGCAUUUCCCGACUCAUCAACAGGGAAAGGGCGUGGCUUUUAUGCUGAUAAUUUCGUGGCGGGCAUUGCGGUGCGUCAAG